UUCUGGUUCUUCAGUUCUUCAUGGUUCUUCAGUUCAUUGACUUCAAUCUUAAUGUUUUGUUUUUUUCCUCCAAACUGGUCGAGACAGGAGACACUGUAAAAUCAUAGUAAAAUCAAGAAAAAAAAAUGAAUAAAAUAGAAAAAAAGGAAGAAGUGAGCAACAAAUAUGAGUGGAGUGAUGAUUUUUUAAAUCAAAUGGCAAAUGCCAAAAUAUUUCCUAGUGAUUCUUUUAAAACAGAAGAAAUCAAACCUAUAUUAGCCAGAUUUUUCAAUUUUUAUUUCUCUGGAAAAAUAUCCCCUGAUUGCACAGUACCGUGCACAAUUUAUUCAGCAAUUGCUUUAUUGAAUGUUCCACAUUCAAAAGGAUAUUUAAAAGUUUUCGCAAAAAAGAAUGACACAAAGAAAGAAAAGAAACUCACAUUUUUUGACGUCCAUGUUCAUACAGAUAGGGAAUAUUUUGAACAAUCCAAUGACUUAAGUCAGGAAUUAUUCCAAAAUGAAAUAUGGAAAAUUUUAAUUUCAUGGGAUUAUUCGACUACAAAAGAGCAGGCGACAUUAAUGAGAUUAGCAGCUUUUCUGGCUCUAAAAUUUUGCAUAGUGGCUUCAAAGAAUAAAUCUCAAACACUAUCAAGUUUCUUUAAAUAUAGCAAUAAAUUGAGAGAAACUCUUUCCAAACUAGUCGGAUGGGAAAUGAAUCGAAAUUAUUCAGUGCCAAAUCCUAAAGGAAUAGACAUGUUCAUAGAAUUAUUAUCAAAUGAUAAUAAUAUUCGCUUAUCAUUGAGAUAUCUGUUUGCAAUUGUAGUUCAGAAAUGGAUAAAUAUUGUUCGAAUGAAUCCAAAGGGAAAUCGAAUUUCAUCACUGUUAAUGGAAUCAUUGCUGGACGCAGCAGCUGGAAAUGGAAUUGCAUUAAUUACAUUAAUAACGACUGUGAUAUUUUACUUGAAUUGCACCUACGAGCAGAUAAUGAAUGUCUUGAAGACGGAGACAAAAUGCUUUUCUAAAUACGAAAAGUCUUUUCAAAGACUCGAGGAAUUUCAAAAGAAAUUCGUCAGUGAAUCGAAUCCAGAGCUCAGCUAUCCAUGGGGUCGUAUAAUAAAGCCUAGUUUUUUAAUCGAAUACGCAGGAACUAAUAAUAUUUACCUGUGUUCUGUUUUUGCGACAAUUAUUGAGAAGUACGAGGGACAAACAGUGUGGAAUACAAGUUGGGCGCAUAAGAAAGAUUUUGAUUAUAAAGAACCAAGGAAAGUUGGUAUAAGAAUUCACGAUCGUCUGUUGAGCAAAUUAAGAAAAUGUUGAAAUGAACUUCGUAUUAAACGUUACUCGGAUAUUUAAUAUCGUUAAAUGUUUAUUUAAAAUUGUUAGAACUAAACGUUUGUUUAUUUUGAUAUUAGUUCAUCGAAAAAGAGGAACUUUGUUUAUAUGUAAGUUAAGAAGUUUUUAAUUAUUUAUUCAUACACCGAAGAAUAUUAUUUUCGUUACAAAUGAUACUUUAUUACGGGAUUAAACAAUUAUAUUCAUCAUCAAGAAAAGUUUUAGUGAAAUUUGACAAAACGAAAAAAAGAAGAUAAGCUAGUUUGAAACUAGUUAAGAAACCUGUUCAGUUACUGCUAUAAAAAAACUACGAAAUAUUUUGUAUUUCAUAUUAUUUUUCUAAAAUUGAUAUUUUGAAUGCAAAUUUGAUGAUCCAAGAUGUUUGUUAUAUAAUAAAAUGAUUUCUAAUAUUUUUAGAUAAUUAUUAGUUCGUUUUUAAUAAACAAUUUCAAUUCAAUUUCAA